AUUGCAGAAGAUUCUUAUAGAUGUAUGAUUCGCGAUAAUAUGAAUCAAACAAUUGUUGUUUCAGGAGAAAGCGGGGCAGGAAAAACGGUUUCUGCAAAAUAUAUUAUGAGAUAUUUUGCUACAGUUGAAGGUCCAGAAAAGCCAUUAAAGCGAAAGCUCAAAAAUAUCAAAUCUGGAAUGAGUGAAACAGAAGAACGAAUACUAGCUACAAAUCCUGUUAUAGAGGCAUUUGGAAAUGCAAAGACUAUUCGUAAUGAUAAUUCGUCUAGAUUUGGGAAAUAUAUCGAGAUUAAUUUUGAUGGUGACACAGAAAUAGUAGGUGCAAGGAUUCGGACAUAUCUCCUUGAAAGAUCUCGUAUAGUCUUUCAGCCUAAAAAUGAAAGAAAUUAUCAUAUAUUUUAUCAGCUUUGUUUUGGGGCAACAGAAAAUGAAAAAAAAGAAUUUGAUUUAAAGCAUCCAAAUGAUUUUAAUUAUUUAAAUCAGGGAGAAAGUUCCACCAUUCCUGGAAUUAGUGAUUUAAAUAAUUUUAUUAUGACAAGAAAUGCAUUAAAAACAAUGGGGAUCUCCGAUGAGGUUCAAAACAGCAUUUUUAAAGUAUUAGCAGCUUUACUACAUUUGGGGAAUGUGAAGAUUCAAGCAUUAAGAAAUAAUGCACUAUUAUCUCCAUCCGAUGCUACUUUAGGAUUCGUUUGCAAGUUACUCGGAAUUGAUAAUGUGCAGUUUGCAAAAUGGAUAAUUAAAAAACAAAUAAAUACACGUAGUGAGAAGAUUAUCACAGAUCUUAAUCUGAAACAAGCAAUUGUUGUUCGUGAUUCUAUAUCCAAAUUUCUAUAUUCUUCUCUUUUUGAUUGGCUAAUCAGUUCUAUAAAUUGCACUCUUAAAACAAAAGAUGAAAUCAAUAUCAAAACAUUUAUCGGAGUACUUGAUAUUUAUGGUUUUGAGCAUUUUGAUAUAAAUUCUUUCGAGCAAUUCUGUAUCAAUUAUGCUAAUGAAAAAUUACAGCAAGAAUUUACUCAGCAUGUAUUUAAACUUGAGCAGGAAGAAUAUAUGAGAGAAGAGAUUAAUUGGACUUUUAUCGAUUUCUCCGAUAACCAACCUUGCAUUGACCUUAUUGAAUCACGACUGGGAAUAUUAUCUCUUCUUGAUGAAGAGAGUCGAUUACCUGCUGGAUCUGAUGAAUCCUUUGUUACUAAAUUAGUCAAGAAUUUUUCCAUUCCAACUUAUCAAAAUUAUUUUAGAAAAGCAAGGUUUGGGAUGUCUUCAUUUACAAUUUGCCAUUAUGCCUUAGAAGUGACAUAUCAAUCCGACGGAUUCAUUGAAAAAAAUAAGGACACCAUUUCAGAUGAUUUAUUAAAUUUAUUAAAUUCGACUACCAACAAUUUUGUAAAAGAAAUAAUUUUAUCAUCUCUAGCUUUCCAAGAAAAAAAUCAAUAUGAAUCUCAAAAUAACACAACUAGACCAAUUAAUGCCUUAUCAAAAAAACCAACAUUAGGCACAAUAUUUAAAUCUUCUCUAAUUGGCUUAAUGGAUACUAUAAAUUCGACUAAUGUUCAUUAUAUACGAUGCAUUAAGCCUAAUGAUGAAAAAGUUUCCUGGAAAUUUGAGCCAAAAUUGGUUUUGAGCCAGCUUCGUGCAUGUGGUGUUUUGGAAACAAUUAGAAUAAGUUCAGUGGGCUUUCCAGGUAGAUGGACAUUUCAAGAAUUUGUUUCUAGAUAUUAUAUACUUGUUCACUCAUCUUCUUGGAAUAAUGAAGUCAAAAGACUUAGUAUAGAAAUUCUAGAAAAAACAGUUAACGAUACAAAUAAAUAUCAAAUUGGCUUAACAAAAAUAUUUUUCCGAGCAGGAAUGUUAGCAUAUUUUGAACAUCUUCGUCUUAAUCGUUUAAAUGAAUGUGCUAUAUUAAUACAAAAAAAUAUGCUUUGUUAUAUCUAUCAUAAGCGUUAUAUUAGGAUUCGAAAUUCUAUUAUUCUCCUUCAGAAGUAUGUUAGAGGGUUUUCUAUACGCAAAAAAACAUAUGAAAUGAAAUGCAAUUUAGCUGCUUUAAAAUUACAAACGGCCUGGAGACGCUAUUAUUCGCAGAAAUUAUACAGAAAAAUAAGGGAUGCAAUUAUUCUAUUACAAUCAAUCGUGCGCUGUUAUCUUAUAAAAAAGAAAAUUCUUGCUUUAAAAAAAGAAAAAACAGCUACAAAAAUACAGUCUUUAUGGAAAAGAUAUAUUGCCCGGAAAAAAUAUAAAAUACAAUGCAAACAGAUAAUUUACAUACAAUCAUGUUGGAGACGCAAAAAAGCGAAAGAUGAGUUAAAGAGAUUACGUAUUGAGGCUAAAUCUCUUAGCCAUUUCAAAGAAGUAUCAUAUAAACUAGAGAAUAAAGUUAUAGAACUCACCCAUAAUUUAUCUAAAAAACAUCAAGAAAACAAAUUAUUGUUGGCGCAAAUAGAAGAUUUAGAAAAUCUCAAUAAUAUAUGGAAGACAAAAAGUAAAAAAUGGGAAGAAGAACGCAAUAAUCUCGAAAAUAAUUUAAACAAUGCAAAUAAAGCAUUAGAAAGAGCAUUCGAUUUGGAAAAAGAAAUACAUGUAUUAAAGAAACAACUAAAUAUAUCAAAGGACAAUCUUAAGAAAUUAAAUGAAGAAAGCAAUACUUUAAGGGAAUCUCUUUUUAAUAAAUCGGCAGAACUUGAAUCCGCACUUUCUCAAAAAGCUGAAUAUGAAGAUGCGCGUUCCAACCUUGUAAUUGAAAUAGAACAUCUUAAAGAUGAAGUUCACAGACUAUCGAUGGGCAAAAAUGUACCUCUUGGUUUUAAACCAAAUGGUUCUACAAGAUUUAUAAACAAUACUAAACCAUUUUCUACUUCAAGCCCCUCUAAAUUACAUACAAAGCGGCAAAAUAUUUCAUCUAGUUCUAAUAAAGAAAAUAAUUAUUUUGAGGGGAAACUAUUAUAUGAACAAAAAAUAGACCAUAAACAGCGUCCAGCAUCUAUCUUGUUUCCAUUAUCUCCACCAAAAAAACAAAAUAUAUUAAAUAAUGAAAUAUCCAAAACUUCAUAUGCUUCAGUUAAGGAUAUAAAUCAUGAGUUUGUAUAUAUAGUUAAAAAUAAUGAUCUGCUUAGUGAUGAAAUUAUGGUAGAAGUAAUUAAAAAUCUCAAAAUUCCCCAAUCAAGCCAGCAAAGUUCUUUAUCUCGUAAGGAAAUAUUAUUUCCUGCUUAUUUAAUAAAUUUUGUUACAUUUAAAAUGUGGAAGUAUGGUCUUAUUAAGGAAUCUGAACAUUUUUUGACAAAUGUUAUGCAAACAAUACAACAAGCAGUGAUAGAAUAUGACGAGAAAGAUGUUAUAGAUUUCGACAUGUUUUGGCUUUCUAAUGUUCAUGAAAUAUUAUCUUUUGUAUCCAUAGCAGAAAGUGAUAUAUUGCAUGGAAUUGCUGUAGAAAUAACAGAUACAGAAUGUGAAGAAUAUAAUAGGUUAAUGUUGUUAGUAAAGCAUGACCUAGAAAAUUUAGAAUUUAAUAUUUAUCAUACAUGGAUGAAAGAAGUCAAAAAAAGAUUGCAUAAAAUGAUAAUUCCCGCAAUAAUUGAGUCUCAAUCUCUCCCUGGAUUCAUUACUACAGAUGGAAACAAAUUUUUUAAUAAAUUACUCCAAGGAGCAAAUAAUCCUCAAUUUACUAUGGACGAUCUUCUUAGUUUAUUCAAUAAAGUAUAUAGGGCUACAAAGUCAUAUUAUCUGGAAUACAGUAUACAUCAGCAAGCCAUUAAUGAACUUUUAAGACUUGUCGGAGUAACUGCUUUUAAUGAUUUGCUUAUGAGAAGAAAUUUCUUAUCAUGGAAAAGAGGCUUACAAAUACACUAUAACACAUGUCGUAUUGAAGAAUGGUGUAAAAACCAUGAUUUACCAGAGGGAAUUUUACAAUUGGAACAUCUUAUGCAAGUCACAAAGCUACUUCAACUUAAAAAAUCAACUCUAGAAGAUAUUGCAAUCAUCUUUGAUGUAUGUUGGAUUUUAACACCUGUACAAAUACAGAAAUUGAUUAAUCAAUAUUCUGUCGCAGACUAUGAACAUCCUAUUAGCUCAGAAAUACUUAAAGUUAUAGCCAAUAAAGUUGUCGAAGAUCAACAUAGUAAUACUCUUUUCCUAGAAGCCAUUUCUCUUGAUGAAAGUAGCAUCUAUGAAAUUCCUGAAGUAAGGGAGCUCUCAUAUCCUCAAGUUUAUAUACCUUCUUGGCUUAAUGUUCCUAAUAUUCAAAAACUCGCUGAAUUAUCUACAUGCGAUAUUGAUACUACAAUCUUCUCCAUGUCCUAA